AUGACGGAGUCCGGCUACCGCAGCACACUCGGCAUUCUGCGCUUGUCUUCGUCCAAAGCCGCCGACUACUUCGAGGCCAUCGACCCGACAGUCUGGGCUCUGCAUCCUCAUCUGCACACGAUGGCGCUGCACGGGUGGCGCACCUCCAACUUUGUCGAGUCCUACAACAGCGAGGCUCUACCCGCCCGAAAUCAGGACCCAUUCAACUUUUUUGUCAGCCAAAUGGACGACAUGAUGACAACGGCCUACACGCACAGAAUGUUGGCCGCCAAGUGGAGUCGCGAUAAGCGGGCUGUGACGCCCUACGCAUCGAGCCUCAUACAAGUUCAGGCGGACCAAGCCCCUCGUUACAAAGUCCUUCAGAGCUCGAGCACCAUCGUCUACGUCAAGGCGGCAGGGGCAUCGGCGGCGUCCAAGCGGCGUGUGGACAUGGCUGCUCCCGUGGCGAAGAUGGUCCUCUUGGAUUGA